CGAGGAAUUCUAUUAGGGUUUGGUUUAUAUUGCGUAGUUUUCAUCACUAUUGCUGGAAAUGUGUUGGUAUUAAUAGCAUUCUAUAAGGAAAAGAAACUUCGAACAGUUUUCAAUUUGUACAUAGUUAACUUGGCGAUCACUGACAUCGGAGUCGCCGCUACUGCUAUGAGUUUUUAUAUUAUAGAUAAUAUCCUCGGAUAUUGGCCAUUUGGUGAAUUUUUAUGUGGUUUCUGGAUAUUUUGUGAUUACGGUAUGACUUUCGCAUCAGUUUUUACGUUGAUAGUGAUCUCAAUAGAUAGAUUUUGGUCCGUGUCUUGGAGCGUACAUUAUCGAACACACCACAAAGCUAAGAAAUCAUAUAUUUCUAUUGCUGUAGUAUGGUCUGUAAUGAUAGUUUUAUGGCUGCCAGCUUGUGUAACAGACAGAAUCAAACACCAGAGGCCAGGAAUGUGUAUCUGGGAACCAUCACUCAACUCAGAAUUUGUCAUUUUCAUUGCUGCUAUUGGACAUCAUGGUUCUUGCUUUGUGCUUCUGUUCUGUUAUGUUCAAGUUUUUACGUUUGUGAGAAGACGAGCCAAAGUAGGUGCAAUCGGAGCUCCGAAAUCCAAGAUGGCGGCAGAAGAAAUAUCGGUAACGGGUGCUACUCUCUUUGCAAGAAAACAAAAACCAGCGACCUUGAACUCUAUCAGAGAAUCUGGAGCCGACGACGAUUUAUCUUCGGAUGAGGCGUCGACCAUAAAACGUGAAAAGAAAGUCUUUGUAACGUUAUCGUACAUUCUAGUAGGGUACGUUAUUUGCUGGGUACCGUUUCAUGUUGUGUUCGACAUCAGUGCCGUAAAACCCGACGCCGUACCCCAUGUUGUGUACACCAUAACAUUUUGGAUGACGUAUCUGAAUUCCACAAUCAAUCCUUUCUUAUAUAAUUUUAGUAGUCCAGAUUUCCGAGAGGCCUUCCGUAAAAUUCUUUGUCGGAAAUGU